GUGGUGGUGCUGCUCCUCGCUCGCUCACCCCCCAGCUUGCUCCCAGGACCUGCUGCCCAGAGGCGUCCCUUGCUCAGCUUUUAUGGGGUGGGGUCAGCAUGGAGGGUGUGCCGGGAGCUGAGGUGCAGCUGUCUCUGGUGGCUCUUUACACAGAUUCUUUCAGUCCAUCCUAAGGAGCUGCAGGAGAAGCCCCUCUUUCCAGACAGCAGCAUUGCCGGCUCCAGGAGGUCGCUCUGGUUUUGCAAGACAGUUUGUGCUUCUGGGCCCUCGCAUCUGAUCCCCCAUCCGGAUCACCUGGUGUCAAAAGCGGGACACUGGGGUAGGAAGCCGGAGGCUGGAUGCUUUCUGCCAGGGGCAUGAAUGAGCCAGAAAGGCCUGGGGUCUGGGCUCAUCCCCUGCUGGGAUAAGGACACCCCAGGGAGCAGCCAUGGCUGCAGGGCAGGGGGCACAGGGGGCCCUGGACCUGCAGUUUCAGAUCCAGGUGGAGCAGUCGGUGUGUCCCGCUGGGCUGACGGAGCAGCAGGCCUCAGCUGGGCCCGAACCAGAUGCGGGAUUGGAGCGGGCGGGCGGGCUGCCUAUUGUGGUGCAGUCCGGCACCAUUGGGGAGCUGCUGAGAUGGGUGGCACCGCAACAGGCCCGGUAUGCGUCGCAGAAGGAGAUGCUGCAGCACUGGGAGGACGUCUGGCAGGAGGUGCUGCAGGCCCUGCACAUCCUUCCGGAGGUGGGGCCGGCUCCGGCCUGCAUCCUCGGGCACGGAGAGCCAGAACUGCCGCCCCCUCCCAGAGUUGUGCCAGCACCGACUUGUGCACGUGGGUGUGAAAACCCCACCUCCCAGGGGGGCAGAGAGUCACCCAGGGGUCUGGAGCAGGCUGGGAUCGAGCCGAAGGAGGAGACGGCACCGUGCCGAGAGGAGCAGCUGUCAGCCCCGCAGACCCCUGCCGAGGUUAAUCCAACUCCAGCACCUACAUGGGGAACCCUGCAGCUGCCACAGCUGGCGCCAGAGGACGAUAUCGAGGCCUAUCUGGCCACCUUUGAGCAGGUGGCUGAUGCCUGCCAGUGGCCGAGAGGGGAGUGGACAACCCGACUGGAGCCGUACCUCACCGGGAAAGCCCAGCUGGCCUUUGGUAGCCUAGACAUCACAGAGACAAGUGACUAUUGGAAGGUGAAGGCGACCAUCCUGCGUCGCUAUGGCAUCAGCCCAGAGACACAGCGCAGGCGCUUCAGGGAAUUCUGUUACCAGGAGGCCAAGGGGCCCCAGGAGGUUUACAGCCACCUCCGGGAGCUCUGCCAUCGCUGGCUGGAGCCGCAGAGCCGCACCAAGGAGCAGAUCCUGGAGAUGCUGAUCCUGGAGCAGUUCCUGACCAUCCUGCCGGAGGAAAUGCAGAGCUGGAUCUGGGAAAGUGGUCCCGAGACCGGCGCCCAAGCAGUGGCCCUGGCAGAGGGGUUCCAGGUGGGGCAGCCAGAGAUCGAAUGGCCGGGGCUACAGAUGCCAGUGCAGUUCAAGGAUGUGGCUGUGACUCUGGCUGAGGCAGAGUGGUUGCUGUUGGAUGAGGAGCAGAGGCAGCUGUAUGGGACUGUCAUGCAGGAGACUUACCGGAGCAUUAGCUCACUGGGUUGUCCGGUUCGCAAACCCACCCUGAUCUCUCAGUUGGAGCGAGGGGAGGAGCCAUGCAUCUCAGAUCCCCCAGCCCCUGAGAAGCAGGAGACCCAGAGGGACGUCCCAACAGACACCAGGAGGGGGCUGGACGCUGAGGAGCUGGCUGUGCCGCACCACGGGGAGGCGGAGGCACCUGUCAAAGCAGCUCCAACACCCAAGGCCUCACCAAGGUGGCCCAAGAGGAAAGCGCCCCAGAGCCCUGGCCGGAAGAGAAAGAAACCCUCUCUGGAAGGAGAAGAGCCAGAAGCCCCCUCUGAGGGUGGGAAGCAGCAGCUCCCCACCUGUCCCAUGUACAUGCAACAGCCGCUUCCUUCUGUGCGCAUGCAAAAGCCUUUCCGUCCUGUACGCAGGAAACAGCCACCCCCACCCCUGCACCGGGAACAGCCUGUCCCUCCCGUGCGCAGGGAACAGCAGCCCUCCACUCUUGGCAGGGAACAGCCUGUCCCUCCCCUGAGCAGGGAACAGCUGCCCUCCACUCCUGGCAGGGAACAUCCAUCCCCUCCUAGGCACAAGGAACAGCCACUGUCUCCUCUGUGCAUUGAACAGCUGCUUCCUGCCCUGCACAGGACACAGCCACACCCCACUCUCAGGCAGGCACAGCAGCCCCCUCUGUCAUCGCCCGUUAAUUCCUGCCGCAGGAACCUGUUCAUGGGAGGCUCCCCCACUAGUAAGAGCCUGCCCCAGUCUGAGAGGUGCAACCAGUGCCCUGAGUGUGGCCGGGGCUUCAAGCAGAGCUCAGACCUGCAGCGGCACCGGCGUGUCCACACGGGAGAAAAGCCUUUCCACUGCCCAGUGUGUGAGAAGAGCUUCCGGCUGCAGUCCAACCUGAUCGUGCACCACCGCACCCACACCGGGGAGCGGCCCUACCAGUGCGGGGAGUGCGGCCGGGCCUUCUCGCAGAGCUCCAGCCUCCGGACCCACAGCAAGAUCCACCUGGGCCAGAAACCCUAUGUUUGCUCUGUGUGCGGCAAGAGCUUCCAUCACAACUCCAACCUCAUCAUCCACCAGCGCACCCACACCGGCGAGAGGCCCUACGAGUGCAGCGUCUGCACCAAGCGCUUCAGCGAUCGCUCCACUCUGGUGCAGCACCAGCGCGUCCACACUGGUGAGCGCCCCUACGCCUGCUCCGAGUGCGGCAAGUGCUUCAGCCAGGCCUCACACCUGGUCAAACACCGACGCACCCACGUGGGCCCCUGCACCGUGCUGGCCAGGGACACAGCUGUCCCCCAAAACAGGCCUGGCACAGGGGAGAAGAGAGAUGCUCCUAGACACAGACCAGACCGUGGGGUGGAAAGAGCCGCCCCCAGAGACUGGCCAGCCGAGGACAGAGCUCCUCCCAGACAUGGGCUGAGAAUGGGGGAUGAGAGAGCCACUCCCCAAAAUGGCCCUGGCACCAGGGAGGAGAGAGACAGGCAUGGGCUGGGCACAGGGCAGGAAAAACAACAUGGAAAGAUGUGCAGUCUCUGAAAGAUGUUUUGGCAAGGGAGAAGGAGAGAGAGGCCUCAAAAGAGACAUCAGCCACAAGGAAGGACACAGCUACCUCCAGUCACACACCGGGCAUAGGUACGGAGAAAGCAGCGACAAAAAAUCAUGUUGGCCACAGGGAAGGAAAGGUUGACCCCCAAACCUCGGGCCGAUGAGAGGAGACCUGCCCCUCAAAAUGGGCUGGGCACGGGGGAGAACAGAGCCACACCAGACAAUACCCCAAAAAGCUACAACAAAAGAGGCACCAGCUGUGGAUGAGGAGAGAGCUGCCUUGAGGGCACUGAGGGCGGCGAAGAACGAAGCAGCAACAAAAGAUGCUUUAACAGAGGGGGAGAAGAGAGAGGCCUCAAGAGAGAUAAUGGCCACGGGGAAGGGGAGAUCCACCCCCAAACCUGCACUGGCCAUGGGGAAGGGGAGAGCCUCCUUGAAACGUGCUCCAGGUACACAAGAGCCCAGACUUCAGUGGAGCCUUCUCAUGUCACUGCAUGGUAUGGAGAGGGAUGAUUCAUGGGGGGCAGAGACUGUGGGGAGCCCUGUCACUGAGCAGUAGGGUUGGGGAUGGCUCAUAGGAACAUGCAUUAAGCUGGGGGUUCUCAGAUCAGGUGUGAAACCCCAUCAAUGUGCAGGAGGGAAGUAAUGCCAAUGCCAUAGGCUCACACUUAAGCAGCGACGGAGAAGCUGGCCUGUCAUGGGAUGCACUCACAGCUCGGAGAGGACAGGCAGCACGAAGGCACUUCUGGCACCACCGAGAAGCUCCGCUGGACCCGGAGCUGGUGGAGCGAAUGGCUGGCACUUAACAUGCCACCACAGAAAUAUGUUCAGGUUCUUGCCAAAAAUGGUCUGCUAUCAGAUGUUUGGUUUUCCGACAGAAAGUAGCUCUGUAGUGCAGUGAGUGGAUGUCCCCUCCCCGAGUCCCCCAGAGCACAAUUGUAGAGGCCUCCAGGAUGAGUGGGGACAAUGUUACAGAGGUGGCAAAAGGGACUGUCAUGGCAUCACUCACCACACUGGAGCCUCCUGCUGGGCGUUUUGGGAAUUAGCUCAGUCCCAGCGGGUGCACCCUUGGGUGGUGGUGGGUCUCCUGCCCUCGUCUCCAUCUGCAGGCCCCUUAUGACCCGUUAAGCUCUACUUCGUGGCACAGCUCUCCGGCUGUGUCACCAUCCGGUUCCCCCAUUCCGGGGAACUCCUCCAACAAGAGUUCAGCCACUCCUCCCAGUGGCUUGGCAGUCCACAGCUGGGGCGCUCCCUCUGCAGCUAGUGGGGGAGGGGGCCUAGGCCCACCCACUGCUCCGGGCCCCAGCCCAGGGACCCUGCAAACAGCAGCUUCCUGCUGACUUGUCCUUCCAACCCAUUGUCUCUAGUCCCAGGGCCACUUCCCCACAGCCUCAGUUCCUUCUGCUCCUGCAUGGCUCCAGCUCCUUUGCCCUCUUCCCAGGGCCUCGAGCCUAUAAGUCCUGGCAGCCCUUCCGGAGCUCUCCCUAGCUCCCCUGGUCCCUGCUAGCACCUGCCCUUCCCCAGGUGCUGGUCUCUCUGUAGCCCUCUAGGAAACCAGUCUUCUCCCUAGGGCUCCCUGCAGCAGACUCCCUCACUGUGGUCUACAGCUUCCUUUUAUAUGGGCCAGCUGGGCCCUGAUUGGCUGGUCCAGCCACUGCCCUAAUUGUCUGCAGCUGCUGCCCUAAUUGGCUGUUUCCUCUGCAACCAUUCCUUUGGCUGCCUGCCACUCAGCCUCCCUAGGCUGGUUUUAACCCUCACAGGGCCAGUGCAGGGCAGGCGCAGUCACAGGGACAUACAGAGAAUAUACCAUCUUUCUCCUGCUCUUAAGCAGAGGGGACCACUGGGCCCCCCCUAAGAUACUUCAUAGGCAUCCACAUCACCAGCAUCAGCAGAGCUUCCCAGUUACAAGAGCAAGCAAACCAUUUGCUUUCUAAAUAAAUUCAUAACCUAGGCUCCACAAUAACCUUAACUCUGACCCCAACCCAACUCAUGAGACUAUGGCACCAUGUGUCAUGACAUACUAGUGGCUUAUGAGGCUUCAGGGAGUAAGCAGGGCUGUUCUCAUGCUGCUUCUGCAUGUGCCUGAAUUGAGAGGGGACGUGUUAGGGUUUGUUGCUGUCUCUGAGGCUGAAGUGGACGCAGGGUCCAUUCAGAGGCCGGUGAAUCAGGCUAGGGAUAACGAGGUUAGUUCAAUCAGGGAGGAUGAGGACCAGAACUCCACUGGCCAUCACAUACAGUCCUCAGCUAAAACCUCUCCAACGCAUCAUCAGUGAUUUACAACCCAUCCUGGACAACAAUCCCUCACUUUCACAGGCAGUGGGAGGCAGGCCAGUCCUCGCUCACAGACAGCCUGCUAACCUGAAGCAUAUUCUCACCAGCAACUACACCCUGCACCAUAGUAACUCUAACUCAGGAGCCAAUCCAUGCAACAAACCUCGAUGCCAACUCUGCCAACAUAUCUACACCAGCGACACCAUCCCAGGAUCUAACCAGAUCAGCCACACCAUCACCGGUUCAUUCACCUGCACGUCCACCAAUGUAAUCUACGCCAUCAUGUGCCAGCAAUGCCCCUCUGCUAUGUACAUCGGCCAAACUGGACAGUCCCUACAUAAAAGGAUAAAUGGACACAAAUCAGAUAUUAGGAAUGGCAAUAUACAAAAACCUGUAGGAGAACAUUUCAACCUCCCUGGACACACAAUAGCAGAUGUAAAGGUAGCCAUCCUGCGGCAAAAAAACUUCAGGACCAGAUUUCGAAGAGAAACUGCUGAGCUUCAGUUCAUUUGCAAAUUUGACACCAUCAGCUCAGGAUUAAACAAAGACUGUGACUCGUUCGCCAACUCCAAAAACAGUUUCUCCUCCCUUGGUGUUCACACCUCGACUGCUAGAAGAGGGCCUCACCCUCCCUGAUUGAACUAACCUCUUUAUCCCUAGCCUGAUUCUUGCUUGCAUAUUUAUAUCUGCCUCUGGAAAUUUCCACUACAUGCAUCCGACGAAGUGGGUAUUCACCCACGAAAGCUUCUGCUCCAAUACGUCUGUUAGUCUAUAAGGUGCCACAGGACUCUUUGCCUGUAUUUGGUGUUUGUUUUUUGUUGGCUUUUGAAAAAGAAUUGUAAAACACAUGUGUGACAAUUUACUGUAGAUGAUUAUAUCUCCCCAAUAGUGAGAUUAUGGGAUGGAGCCAGCUUCUGGAAACCCUGACUCCGGUGAGUAGAUCCCACUCAGAGGACCUGAUCCAAAACCUUUUUGAAGGUCAAUGGAAAGACUUAACUGGGCUUUGCCGUCAACAGGCCUAAGGGUUUGUCCAAUGAGAUGACUCAGAUAGAAUCAUAGAAAUGUAGGACUGGAAGGGACCUUGAGAAGUCAUCAAGUCCAGCUCCCUGCCCUGAGACAGGACUAAGUAAACCUAGACCAUCCUUGACAGGUGUUUGUCCAACCUGUUCUUAUAAACCUCCAGUGAUGGGAAUUCCACAACCUCCCUUGGAAGCCUAUUCCAAAGCUUAACUCCCCUUAUAGUUAAAAAGUUUUCCCUAAUAUCUAACCUAGAUCUCCUUUGCUGCAGAUUAAGCCCUUUACUUCUUGUCCUGGCCUGAGUGUACAUGUGCAUGAGUUAAGUAAGAUUUACUGGGUUUUUCCAGUAUCAUUUAAUUCUCUCUAUAUAUAUUACAGAGCAUCAGUAAUUGCACCGGUUAGAGUGCAACAUGAUUUCAUAGAAUCACAGAAUAUCAGGGUUGGAAGGGACCUCAGGAAGUCAUCUAGUCCAACCCCCUGCUCAAAGCAGGACCAAUCCCCAACUAAAUCAUCCCAGACAGGGCUUUGUCAAGCCUGACCUUAAAAACCUCAAAGGAAGGAGAUUCCACCACCUCCCUAGGUAACCCAUUCCAGUGCUUCACCACCCUCCUAGUGAAAAAGUUUUUCCUAAUAUUCAAUCUAAACCUCCCCCACUGCAACUUGAGACCAUUACUCCUUGUUCCGUCAUCUGGUACCACUGAGAACAGUCUAGAUCCAUCCUCUUUGGAACCCCCUUUCAGGUAGUUGAAAGCAGCUAUCAAAUCCCCCCUCAUUCUUCUCUUCCAUAGACUAAACAAUCCCAGUUCACUCAGCCUCUCAUCAUAAGUCAUGUGUUCCUGUCCCCUAAUCAUUUUUGUUGCCCUACGCUGGAUGCUUUCCAAUUUUUCCACAUCCUUCUUGUAGUGUGGGGUCCAAAACUGGACACAGUACUCCAGAUGAGGCCUCACCAAUAUCAAAUAGAGGGGAACGAUCACGUCCCCCAAUCUGCUGGCAAUGCCCCUACUUAUAUAGCCCAAAAUGCUUACGAAAGGCUGUCAGUCAGGACCCUGUCCUUUCCUCCCCAGCAGGAGCUGUCAGUCAGGGUUGCAUUCCCCAGCCGCCCUCCCCUGCCCACUCUCAUGACCCCCACCUCACCAGGGCCAACCUGUACUAUGCGGAUACUUUUUGCCCUGCCCGGUGCCAUCUCUAGUGGGUGUGAAGGUGCUCAGUACUGCCAAAGGCCCUGUCACAGUCCUGGCUGGGGUAGGGUAAUCCUUUGUGUGGACUUGCUGGUGCUCAGUAAGUGUGCAGUGUUGUUGGAAGCGCUGGGCACACUGGUGGGGCCAGUCCCAGGGGCAGGCCCUGUGGGGGGCCAUGUUGUCCUUCAGUUCCCCUUUUGCCACGGACCCUGUGGCACCUGCACCCCUGGCCUACCCCAGUGGGGAACUCUCCAGCCACUGCUGGCAUCCAAAGCUGUUUGUCCUGGUGGAAGUCUACAAUAAGCUCUCUCUGCAAUUCCGUGAGAAUGACCCAUGUAGGCCCAUGGAUGUUACCUCCUUGUUCUCAUUCAGGAGACCUUGAUACCUGCUGGGAUAAAGAGGGGAGCUGUUCAAAGGGUCCACUGUAGCUCAGCCAUAGGUCAGAGGGCCAGAUGCAGGAAUUGCUGGGUGCGAUUCUUUGACCAGUUUACGCAAGAGGUCAGACUGAAUGGUGAGAAUGGGCCCUUGUGGCCUUCACAUCUAUGGGACAUGAGCUCUUUGCGGCAGACACUGUAUCUCACUGCAUAUCUAUGCAGCCACAGGCGCUGACUCUGUGUGGGUUCUCUGGGGCUGAGCACCCAUGGGGAAAAAUUAGUGGGUGCUCUACACCCACCAGCAGCCAAGCUCCCUGCCCCCCCCACCUCACCUCCUUCUCCACCUCCUCCGAGCAUGCUGUAUCUCCGCUCCUCCCUCCCUCCCAGCGCUUGGAGCUGCCAAACAGCUGUAGCAAGCUCUGAGAUGGGGUGGGGAGGAGCGGGAACGUGGCAUGUU